AGUACAAAAAAUUCUUGUUUACGAGGGAAAAAAUAAUUAAAUUAUGUUUAAAAAAGUUGGAAAAAAACAUUAAACCUCUUUCAAUCGAAAAUCCCACUACCAUUUUUGCUACUUUUGACUGUUCAUUACUACUUCCCUCAAGUUAUUGCUCAUUCAAACCUCUGUCUUCGUUUACCAGAAACGGCAACUCUUUUCAUUUUCUCUCUCCUCUUGCUGUGCAAAAAACCCUAAUCCUGCAUUGUUGAUCUGAUGCAAAUGUGGGUUUUAUUUUGUAGAAAGCGUUGAGUUGGGAUGCUAAGUUAAUGUAAAGGUGCUGUGGACUGUGGGUGGAGAUGGCAACUGAAGGAAAACGUUCGAAGGGGCGUUUCCUCUACUUGUUCGAUUGGAAUGCUAAAUCCCGGAAGAAGUUGUUCUCUAACAGUUCUGAAUCAUUUGAAGAAUCUAGCCAAGGGAAGGAAAGUGUUGACAAUUUGGCAAUUUCUCAGUAUCUUUUGAGGGAGCUGUCUGAGAAUGGCGAUCGUUCUUCUUUCAGAGGAAGUGGCAACUAUAGUUGUGCAUCAUCAGUAAUUGGGGAUGAUGGAUAUGGAAAAAAAGCCCCAGGGGUGGUUGCCAGGCUUAUGGGGUUGGACUCAAUGCCUACUACAACUUCAUGUGAGACAAGUUCUUUUGCAUCUUAUGAAACUCAUGCUAUUGAGAAUUCUUAUUAUCCUGGAGGUGCUACUCCAUUUGAACUUGAGCAUCAUAUGAUGGGCUAUAGCUAUGCACCCAGCAGAAUGGAAGGUAUGCCUUGGAAUUCUGUGGAUUCAAGAGUUAACAAGGUUCAUGGUCGGCCACCUGAGAGGUUUCAGACUGAGGUAUUGCCUCCAAGGUCUGCCAAACCAAUUUCAAUUACUCAUCAUAAGCUCUUGUCUCCAAUCAAGAGUCCAGGGUUCGUACCUACAAAGGACGCAGCUUACAUAAUGGAGGCAGCUGCAAGAAUCAUUGAUUCUGCUCCUCAGCCAACUGGGAGGGCCAAAGUUCCGUCUGUGGGUUCUCCUUCAUCGUCAUUUAGGAUUCAAGAUCUAAAAGACAGAAUGGAUGCUGCACAGAGAUCAUCCAGGCUACCUGAGUCCUCGAAGACACCAAAGCUGUCUGCCCCUGUAGAGCAAGUGAGAAGAACAACAUCUGAUAGGGCUAGUCGUAAGUCUUUGUUUAAAAACAUUAUGAGUUCACAAGCAAGCAGCUCCUUGAAAGCGAAAAAUAAAGGUAAGUCAGUUCCUUUGGCUGUUCAAGAUAAAGCCAAUAUGGACAAAAAAGUUGGUUCAGCAUAUGGUGACAGUAGGAGUCAACAGCAGAAGGAGCGUAAGAAGCUCAAAGAAAAGGAGACAAAUACACAAAAGGCUGGUCCAACUAGGACUUCAAGGAAGAAGAGUUCUGGUGUGCUGAGACAAAACAAUGAAAAGCAGAACAGUGUUUCUCGCAAAGACCCAUCAACAGCCAAAAAUACAUUUUCUGAUCAGCACCCUAGAAAAUUUUUACCUGGGGAAAAUUGUGCUGGUCCAAGUAAAAUUGUAAGUAAAGUAUUCGUGAAUGCUGAAAAUGGAUCAAAGAAAGUUGUGACAGCUAGUGCAAUGGACCGAAAACCUCCACGGAAUGGUGUUAGUGAAAGGAGGCCUUCGCUGAAUAGAAUGAAGAAUAUCUCAAAAAGCAAGCAGUGCUCAAACAAAGAUAACGGCUUACGAGAGAAAGUACUGGAAAACAGUGAUGAGAGAGCUGUACAAUGUGAUCUAUCAUUUCAAGGGAACUCAAGGAAGGACAUGGAUGUAAUUUCCUUUACUUUUACCUCUCCCAUAAAAAAAGCUGGAUCACAGUCUUCGUCAUCUGCCCCUGAAAUUAAUCAUCGUCCUCUUUGUGCUGAUUCUUAUGAUAAUGCUCAAUGUGAUACAAGCUCCUCAUCACCACGACGAGGAUUGAAGUUGAUUGAUAGUGGUUCUUUAAGUCUUCUUUUGGAGCAAAAGCUCAGGGAAUUAACCGACAAAAUUGGGUCAACCAAAUCUAAUUUGAUGACGGAAGAUCCAGAUACCAACACUGUAUCUUCUCUGUCUGAAUCAAUUUUAUCACAUGAUGUUGUGGCCCCUUCUUCAAUGGAUUAUGAUGAUUGGUCUGAUAAAGAAGAAACAAGUGCUACAUGUGAGGAUGAUUGCUCUUCGUCUAUCAUAACUAAAUCAAGCCAGAAUUGGGAGGAUUUUGAAGGUAUUGAAGAGCAGAGUGCUAGCAGCACUAACAGAGUUGAAGGCAGUGAAGAAUCUCAUAUUGAACAUCCUAACAUCUCAAUUGCAGAAUGUUCAAUGUCGGGAAGUUGGAUGUCGUCAACUACUGCCACCGAUGUCACUCAUGGAAAUGCUCAGCCUACAUCACCUAAAUCUCAGGAAGUUAUGAGCUGCAUGUCCAGUGAAAGUGUCCAUCCUAGAGAAGAUGAGGCAGAUUUUACCGAUGCAUCAUCGUAUUGGGAAUUAGAAUACGUGAGACACAUGCUUCACUAUGCAGGAUUGAAUAGAUUAACAUUGGAUGAGGAUUGUGGAAACAUAGACCCUGAUCUCUUUGAUCUGUUGGAAAAUCUGAUUAAUACAUCAGCCAGAUAUGCAGAACCAUGUUCAAAGCUUGAACGGAAAAUCUUGUUCGAUUGUGUUACUGAAAGUGUUAAUACAAAGUAUGAACGUGCUUUUCUUGGAAGUUACAAAUUAUGGGCUAAAUGGGAAAUGCUGCUUCAGAAUGAGUGGUUAACUGAGGAAGUGUUUAAGGAGAUUAUAUGUUGGCAAAAGAUGGGAAACUUAAUGGUAGAUGAGCUUGUGGACUGGGAUAUGAGUACUCAGCAUGGAAGAUGGCUCGAUUUUGAAAUUGAAUCACUAGAAGAGGGUAUGGAGAUUGAGGAGGAUGUAGUAGAAUAUUUAAUCGACGAGCUCGUUGCUGAUCUAACUGUAUAGAGUUAUUCUAGAUAGUAGCUUUUUAACACAUCUAACCCUAAUGUACAAUGUCUAGAAGUACAGAUCGUUCAGUUGAUCUUAUUACAUCUUUCCUAAUUGUAAUAUGGUAGAUGAAGCUAUUCUUUCAAAAGAAAUUUGCACAAUGAAAAAUGGCUCCUUAUUUCAGGCUAUAAACGACUCCGAUGUUGGCAUCAGAACUUCCCUCAAAUGCAUAUUUAACAGGACUUUCUCAUUUCACAAGAGCAAACUGUAGCUCUUACGCCAGUAGCAGGAGUUGGAGGCGUCUUUCGUUUCGAUAAAAUGAGGACUAGAAUCUUAUUAGAUAACGAUGUUCGAGAGAAGGGAGCAGGAAAUAGAUGGACAGGUAUGUGCGCAAUGGAUAUAGGUGUGUGAUAAUGAUGCAAGAAGCACUUAAUCCAAGCUGGGAUAGUGAUAAAUCAUACUAAAACUAAUAGUACUGGGUAGAAUUUAUAUUCUUGGCCUCUUUGAUUGUAAUGUGGUCCUGCAUUUGCUUAUAACAGGAUAGUACUAAUUUGGCA